AUGUCGAAAUUCCACAGCUUCAACAUUUUCCUUGCUCUCACCCUCCUACUUUUCGCCAAUCUCGUCCUGUCGACACCUAUCGCCAACCCAGAGCCCGAACCAGUAGCAGAACCCAAUCCAUCCUCUGUCACCUCAUCUGCAGAAACCACGCAAGACAUGGAAAAACGUUUCUUUGGUGGUGGAUUCGGUGGUUACGGAGGUUACGGUGCCGGAUAUCAAAAUCAAGCCGGUUAUAGCACUGGCAUGUAUGGCGGCUACGGCGGUCUUGGUGGUCUAGGUUAUGGUGGUCUAGGUUACGGUGGUCUAGGUGGUCUAGGUUAUGGAGGUAUGGGCUAUGGAGGUCUAGGUUAUGGAGGUCUAGGUUAUGGUGGUCUAGGUGGCGUUCCGAUUUUGAAGAAACGUGACAUCGACACAAAUACUCCGCAACAACUAGACAUUGAAAAACGCGACCCAAGUGCUACUCAAGAUGCCCAACCAUUUGUGCUCGUUAAACGUGUCGCUGAUCCAUUUAUAGGUGGUGGAAUGGGAAUGGGCUUAGCCUAUCCCGGAGCCAUGGGUGCUUUGCCUCUUGCCGCCAUGCCUGCUGCCGCUUUACCUAUUGCUGCUUUACCCGCCGCAGGAUUUGGCAUGAUUUAA